GUCAGUCGUCGACCUUCCCCCGUCCAAACCCUAGUUCCCAAUUCCCCUUCCGACCAAGAUCGGAUCUUGACCCUCCCCACCCCAUCGCCGUGAUGGCCACCGGCGGCAACCCCAACCCCGGCCAGCCACGCCCGCAGCAGCCGCCUCCGGGGGGCUCUCCGGCGACCCCGCACACCCACAUGCGCCCCCCAUCCAUGGCCGCCGCCCACUACCAGGGCCUCUUCCACUCCCCGCCUAGCCACAACCCCGCUUUCCAGAUUCACAUGGGCGCGUCCUCCACCCCUCAGACCCCUCUAAUGGCGGCGGCGGCCGCCGCCGCCUCGGCCAAGCGCCCCCCGCAGAAGCCCCCUACGCGUCCCCCGGCGCCCACCUCCGCCGCCGCCGCAGCGUCCGUGGCUGCCGCUUACAAGGCCGCCAACUCCGGCAGCGUCGACCUCACCCCCGCCGCGCGCCGCAACAAGAAGCGCAAGCUCCCGGAGAAGCAGCUCCCCGACCGCGUCGCGGCGCUGUUGCCGGAGUCCGCGCUCUACACGCAGCUCCUCGAGUUCGAGGCGCGCGUGGACGCAGCGCUCGCCCGCAAGAAGGUGGACAUCCAGGAGGCGCUCAAGACGCCGCCGUCCCUCCAGCGCACGCUCCGCAUCUACGUCUUCAACACCUUCGCCAACCAGGCGCGUACCAUCCCGCCGCCCAAGGCCGCCGAGCCGCCCACCUGGUCGCUCAAGAUCAUCGGCCGCGUGCUUGAGGACGGCGCAGAGCUGGACCCAGCCGGUGUUGUACCCAAGCACAACCCGAUGUAUCCCAAAUUCUCCUCCUUCUUCAAGAGGGUGACCAUUGGGCUGGACCCAUCGCUCUAUCCGGAGAACUCGAUGAUCACUUGGGAGAAUGCGCGGUCUGCUGCGCCGCAGGAAGGGUUCGAGGUGAAGCGGAAAGGGGACAAGGAGUUCCUCGCGAAUAUACGGCUGGAGAUGAACUACAACCCCGAGAAGUUCAAGCUGUCGCAGCCACUGAUGGAGGUGCUUGGGGUUGAGGUGGACACUCGGGCGAGGGUCAUCGCUGCCCUUUGGCAGUACAUCAAGGCAAAGAAGCUGCAGAAUCCGAGUGAUCCUUCCUACUUCAUGUGCGACCCUCAGUUGAAGAAGGUAUUUGGGGAGGAGAAGAUGAGGUUCGCGAUGCUGUCGCAGAAGAUAUCGCAGCAUCUUGCACCUCCACCGCCCAUCAAUUUUGAGCAUAAGAUCAAGCUAUCGGGGAAUGGAGCAAACUCUAGUGCUUGCUAUGAUAUAUUGGUAGAUGUUCCUUUCCCGCUGCAGAAGGAGAUGACAGCAUUCCUUGCCAAUACCGAGAAGCACAAGGACAUCGAGGCAUGUGAUGAGGUGAUAUCUGCUUCUAUCAAGAAGAUCCAUGAGCAUCGUAGGAGGAGGGCAUUCUUUCUUGGGUUCAGCCAGUCCCCUGUGGAGUUCAUCAAUGCGUUGAUAGCAUCCCAGAGUAAAGAUUUGAAGCUUGUUGCUGGUGAAGCGAAUAGGAAUAUUGAACGGGAAAGACGUGCAGACUUUUACAACCAACCAUGGGUUGAGGAUGCUGUUAUAAGAUAUUUGAACCGUAAACCGCCUGGCGGCAAUGAUGGCCCAGGUGCGGGUGGUUCUUGAGGAGAAGAUUGCUGCAGCGCCCUUGGUGUAGAAACAACUUGUCUGUCAUGUAUUAGUAAAACUUCAGAGGUGGUAGGAAAUUGCUCGGAGGAACCUGGCAGGUUACCUUCUUUGUUUGCCUAAAUGAUUUAGCUAUUGUAUGCUGUGUUAUGUGUGUGAUCCCUCAUUAUCAUGGUAAAUGCUGAACUGGAUAAUUGUUGUAGUUGGUCUUUCUUACAAUAUAAAUGUUACUGCAAGUUAACUAUGGAUUA